GGCAGGGAGCAGCUGUUUUCUGGAAGGGGGUCACGUGAGGCCUCUCGGUGUGGUGGGUGGAGACAGAAAGCUGCGGUUAAGUAGGGUCGGAUUUAACCGUCCCAGGGAAGCGCGCCCGAGCUGGAUCACGGAGCGGGCUAAGGUAGUGAAUUCCUAAGAAGAAAAUAAUGGAUUGCAUAUUACUUGUUCUCUAAUUGUUUGAACUCAGAAGUGUGCAGGUUUGUUGCAAAAGCCAAAAGAAGAUGGCAACUCCUUAUGUCCCAGUUCCUAUGCCAAUAGGGAACUCUGCUUCCAGUUUUGCAACCAACAGGAACCAAAGAAGUUCUUCUUUUGGGAGUAUCUCAACAAGCUCAAACUCUUCCAAAGGCCAGUUAGAAGACUCAAAUAUGGGUAAUUUUAAACAGACAGGUGUACCUGAUCAAAUGGAAAGCACUUCAUCUGUCUGUAGCAGUCCCCUCAUUAGGACUAAAUUUACAGGUGCAGAUUCUUCCAUUGAGUAUUCUGCUAGACCAAGAGAAAGUGAAGAACAAAAUCCUGAAACAGUGAAUUUGGAAGAUAGACCUUCUACACCUAUUAUCCUGGGUUAUGAGGUGAUGGAAGAAAGAGCUAAAUUUACUGUAUAUAAAAUACUAGUAAAGAAGAGUCAAGAAGAAAGCUGGGUAGUUUUUAGAAGAUACACUGACUUCUCUAGGCUUAAUGAUAAAUUAAAAGAGAUGUUUCCAGGCUUUCGAUUAGCACUUCCACCAAAACGCUGGUUUAAAGAUAAUUACAAUGCCGACUUUUUAGAAGAUAGACAAUUAGGAUUACAAGCGUUUCUUCAAAAUUUAGUAGCUCACAAGGACAUUGCUAACUGCCUUGCAGUGAGAGAAUUUCUUUGUCUGGAUGAUCCACCAGGUCCAUUUGAUAGCCUAGAAGAAAGCAGGGCUUUCUGUGAAACUUUAGAAGAGACAAACUACCGUUUUCAAAAAGAACUACUUGAAAAACAAAAAGAGUUGGAAUCACUGAAGAAACUGCUCUGUGAGAAGCAACUUCUUAUAGACACGCUAGAAAACAGAAUCAGGAACUUAUGUUUAGAACCUGAAGAAUCACUGCUCGUGUCAGGAACAGAAGGUGAACAGAUCCUAAAGGUGGAGUCCUCUGCACUUGAGGUUGAUCAAGAUGUCUUAGAUGAAGAAUCUAGAGCUGAUAAUAAGCAAUGCUCAAGUUUUAGUGAACCUGAAAAUUCCAUAUCAGACAUAGAAGUGGCAGAAGUGGCAUAUAAUGUGGAAGACGACUAAUGCAUCUCAAGUGGUUCCUUCCAUUUUUACGUUCCUGCAAAUUUAGAAUAGAGUAGCAGAUAUUUAAAAAAAAAAAAAAGAGACUGAAGCAUUUACAGAAAACAGCAAGAUUGCACAUGUAUAAAGUUUACAUAAAGAAAAAUUUAAGUUAUUGGUAUAGGAACUAUAUUCACUGUUGCUUUACAUUGUCUUUUAGCCAAACUUUGUAUUUAACACACUAAAAAAAAUCUAGAGUUCUGUCAUCAAGGCCCACAUCCUGAAAUACUGUGCAUAAAUUAUUUUGUUGUUUUGCCAAUAUAUUGCUCCACACUAACGUGGGUGUGCACACUUUGUGUGUGUGUGUGUGUGUGUGUUUAAAUCACCAGUUACAUUAGUUAAGUGGACAUAAAUUGCAUGUUGCUGUCUGUUGGUUAUAUACUUCCUUGUGUCUCAGACAUGAUAUAUUUUCAUUAAUGGUUUAAAUAAAUGGUAAAGAUGAAUUGAGUUUUAAAUGUUGACAUGUUUAUCAUCUCUAAAUAAAAGUUGCUUAUCUGGAAUGUUACUAUUUAAAAGAAGAAAACUUUCUAGUACCAAAGGAAAACUCUUUGAAAGAGCUGUAAUAACAUAGCUAAAGUGAUAAAAUAGCCUUGAUUUUAAAAGCAAAUUCACUAAUAUCAAAAUACUAAAAUAAAUGUUGUACCAGUGUAUUAUAUGUUAUACUUGUAUAUUUUCCACAUAAUCUUUACCUUAAAUCUCUACCUAUAGAAUCAGUGGGUUUGCCUUUGUCAGAACACUACCUCUUUUUGCUAAUCAAGGCAUACCCUUUUGAAAAUAUAGAUUGUAAGCAAAUAGGCAAUUAUA